ACGUAUCGCCCAGUUCCAGAACAUGUUUACCAGUACGGAAUGUUAUAAUCAAACUAACCUUGAUACUCGGAAUAUGUUUGACAUUACCGUUGUCCUGAUCUCCCGCCAAUUUUAGAAUUCAUAAAAAAAAAAGGAAAAAUGAGCAAGUCUAAAGACGCUCAAGCUGGAGUUGCAGUCCUUGAUUAUUUAAACAAGCAGAAUAGACCAUACAGUGCAAUAGAUAUAUGCAAUAAUCUGCACAAGGAGUUUGGUAAAACAGCUAUAGUGAAGGCAUGUGAGAGCUUGGCAGAAUCAGGCAAGAUAAAAGAAAAAGUGUAUGGGAAACAAAAAGUUUAUGUGGCUGACCAAUCACAGUUUCCUGAGGUUGAUGACUCAGAAAUUCGAGAUAUGGACAGUAAAGUUGCUGAAUUUACACAGAAAUUACAGACAAAUCUUGAGGAGGUGAAAAGACUGGAGUCAGAAUUAAGGAUGUUGAAUGGUUGUUUAACAACAACAGAAGCUCAAAAACAGUUGAAUGAAACAACAGCAAUGUGUGCCCAUUAUAAGAACAAAUUGAAACAGUUAAAGGAAGGUGGUAAUGUUGUAUCACCUGAAGAGAAGGAAAAGGUUUAUGGAGACAAAAAGAAGUAUGUUCAAGCUUGGAGGAAAAGGAAAAGAAUGACAAAUGACAUUCUCAAUGCUAUUCUGGAGGGAUAUCCAAAGCCAAAGAAACAACUUUAUGAGGAUAUUGGGAUAGAGACAGAUGAAGAUUAUGAUGUUAAACCACCAGAUAUAUGAACUUGUUGUUAAUAUUUUAUAUGCUGAAUGUUUACUUGUUUCAAUUUUAUUGUUUAAUCAGGGAUUUUGUUAAUGUAUUAAAAUAUUUGAAAACAUG